AGACUAUGUCUAUUAGUCUAUUUAUUAUAAUAAUAAGUAUAUACUAGAUCUACUAUCUAGAUCUGUAUUACUAUAGAUUAGAAUAGACAGUAUAAAUCUUGAUCUAGAUUCUAGAUUAAUCUAGACUACUGGAAUCUUCAAUCUAUAGUCUCAUAGAGACUAUCACCGUCACUAUGUCUAUACUAUUAUACAGACACUAGAGUAGAGUUAUGAGUAGCUCAAUAGACUGAUUGGGUGUAGCUUUGAGUAACACUACAGUAAAAUAAAUCUAGGACUAGAUGGCUGAAUAUGAGGCUGGCCUAGACAGCAACAUAGAUGUGUACAUCCAGUACCCAGAAAGUGCAGACAGAGUCAUUAAAACUAUUCUUAUUGCUGAUGUCAAUGGAGUGGAUUACAAAGUAGAACAGGUUAAGAAUAAUAUACUAAAUGGUAACAGUGUUCCAAAUGCAAUGAGUUACAACUUAGCUUUUCGCAAUGAAUCAAACGGAAACGUACGCAAAGUGGAUCAAUCAACAAAAAUGUUAGACUGGCUGAAGAUUUUAACAUCUUCUGAGACCACACUUAUUUUUCAGUUAAUUUAGUUUCAAUUCUUUUUUUUUUUUUCAUAUUUUCUAAAGCAUUAAAUUGAUUGAUAAUUUAAUUCAGAAUUUAAUAUUUUCCAGAUAAACUAUUCAAAUACAAGUGUAACUAGUUUAAAUAUUAUAUUUUUACAAAGCUUAUAACAACUCACUCUGUCUGUCUGGUAAAACGUUUGUACACAUUAUUUCUCCCACACCCAAUCUUAGAUCAAGCUAAACUUUUUGCACAAUUAUUUCUUUUACCUGACAACACGAGAAUAAAAAAAAUUAACCAAUUAUUGCUAAAUAAUUAUUUUGUCAGGUAUAUCACACAAUGGAAAGAAUUUGUACUUGACUGAAGUGUGGUAUUAGCUGAAUCAGUCCCCUUUACAUAUUGUCAUCUCAGGUUUACUGAAUACAAACAUGAAAUAGAAACUAUAGAUAACCAUACAAUUUUCCAUGUUUAUACACUCUUUGCUAGCAGAAUGGUUACCAUGUUGGCUUGAGAAGGCUUUAGCUAAUGAGUUCAAAUUCAGGUCAUUUAUUUUUUUUUUAAAUACACUAGCUGGAUAUGACCCGCGGCCUGGGGGCCUUAGUUUUGGUAUUACUGAUCUACUGAUUUGAAUUUAGAUAUAUGUUAAACAGAGAAUUUUCCCUCCACAUUUUAAAAAAUUUUACCACAAAAAUAAAAGUAAAGUGUGAAAAUGGUUUACCCAUUCAGCCCCCAUAUUAUAUCAAGUAUAAAAUAAUAUAAAUAUGUAAUAUGUAAAAUAAUAUCAAUAAUGUGAGAACAGGUUUACCAGAAUAGUUAAAAUGCUUUGUUUUUUUAAUAGAGAUACAAUGGGGAACUUUUUAUCUAUUUAGGGCCCUCCCGUAGUGGUAGGGACAUUAAACAUACACUGCGGUCUCCGUCAUGAUCUAAGUAACAUUUAUGAACAUUUAUGAAGAUUGGUUAAACAAUUUUGAUUUCUAUAUGGGACAUACAUACAUACGCCUAACUUUCUGCUUUAUAUAUUAGAUAUUAAAAAUGAUCACACAGAUACUCCUUCCCAAUCCCUUUCAUAUAAAAAAUUAAAUUUAAUGACUGCUUCAAACUAAUUGAUACACUUAAUAUUAACUUUGUUUUGUUUUUGCUAAAGUAUUUUUUUGUAUUUUGCUUGUUUGACUCUUUUAAGUACAAAUUUUACAUUUACAAAAGUCUUAAAAAUAAAUGUAAAAUAAAAUAAUUUUCUUGUUAUCUGAUUAUUAUUUUACUAAAAGUAGGUGAUUAUUAAUUUACUAAUAUACAUUUGUUUCUGAAUAGAUGUUUUAUGUUAAUCAAAUUAUUUAUAUUUCUACAAAUAUAAGUGUUAAUGUCAGUUUCUGCUCAAUCAUUGAAUGAAACAUCUUAUUGUGAGUAACUGUUGUUGUAAGCCUUGAUAUAAUUUCAGUAUUUUCUUUCCCUGUGACAUUUUUAUAGUAUUGUCAUUGACUUUAAAGUAUAAUAUGUUAAAUAUUCAUUAUGAUUAAACCAGUGAUGGCUGACAUUGGGCCUACUAUAAUAGCCAUAUUUUGGCACAUUUUGCUUUGCUAUAUUAUUGUAAAUAAAAUUUGUUGAGAAGCCUCAAAA